AUGCCGAGCAGACGAACGGCAGAGCAUUUUGAUAGUUUUCAGCGCAUCAAUGAAAAACCGGUUGAAGACAUAUCUUUGGAGUUUUUCUACAACCCUCGUCGUCUGACGGCUUUGCUGGUUUCGAUAUUGUUGUUGCUGUAUACAGCAUUUACGAGGGCCGACGGUGACUUGGAUCAAAACAUAUGGGUCGGCCUGAAAGCAGUGCUUUUCUCCUUCCUGGUGCUGAGUACGAUCGCUUUUCCGAAUGGACCUUUCACGAGACCUCAUCCAGCGCUGUGGCGCAUGAUCUUCGGCGUCAGCGUGUUUUACUUGCUGUUUCUGCAGUUCCUGUUGUUUCAGAAUUUCAGUACGAUCAAGGACAUUCUGAAGUGGCUGGACCCGGAGAGGUUGAAUAAAAUGCAACUGGAAGAAAAGGAGUACGCGAUUAACUGUUCGGAGCUAAAUAUAUCUCGUAUCUGGUCACACUGCGACAUAUUUGCGGCGGCGCACUUCAUCGGUUGGGCGAUGAAGGCAUUGCUCAUCAGGCACACGAUAAUCUGCUGGUACGUGAGCAUCACCUGGGAACUGACUGAAAUUGCGUUUUCUCAUCUGCUACCGAACUUCCAGGAAUGCUGGUGGGACGCGAUCGUGCUCGACAUUCUGCUAUGCAAUGGGCUGGGUAUUUGGCUGGGCAUGUACAUCUGUCGAAAACUGGAGAUACGCGAGUAUCACUGGGAGAGCAUCAGGAAUAUUCCGACAACCAGGGGCAAGAUCCAGCGCGCCGUUAUGCAGUUCACGCCUUCCAGCUGGACGGUGCUGCGCUGGCUGGAUCCGCAGUGUACGCUGAUGAGGAUCUUAGCCGUCUGGGAACUGGUAGUGAUCUGGCAGAUCACCGAGCUGAACACAUUCUUUCUUAAGCAUAUUUUUGCGAUUGACACUAGCCAUCCAUUGGUCACUUUCCGCAUAUGUCUUAUCGGACUAGCUGUAGCGCCGGCCAUGCAGCAGUACUACAGUUACGUGACAGACCCUAAGUGUAAGAGGUUCGGAACUCAGUGUUGGGUGUACUUGGCAAUCAUGUUGACCGAAGCGUUGAUCUGCGUGAGAUUCGGCUGGAAGAUAUUCGCUCGUACGCAGCUUUUGUAUAUUGGCAUGUGGCUGGUGGUUUUGCUGAUUGGCAGCGUAUUUUGCGUUUACAUAUGUAUUCUGUGGGCUCUUAGGCCGUGCGUCAGCAAGGAGGUAAAAGUUAACGGUGGAGUGCAGCACUGCUACAUAGACUCGAGCUUCGAAAAUCUGACCGAUUUCAGCUGCAGCGGAAAAAACGACGGUUCACAGAUCACGCAUCGACAGAGAUCACAAACCAUAUGUUCUUAA